AUGGGUAAACCAAAGAAACAUAUGUCAUUCAUGGCAACUAACUAUGUUCCAACGGAUGAACAGUCUCAUGAUUCAUCAUCAACGACAAAUCUACGCAAUCACGCCAACGGAACAAAGAACAGUUCUAGUUCGUUGGACCAAUUGAUAAACUCGGGCACUUUUAUAGACCAUCGGAAGGCUUCUGAUUGGGCAAAUGCACAUUCAUCACCCUCAAACACAAGAAGAAGAAAAUCAAACGGCUCCUUUCGAAACCAGAAAUCAAACACAGAUUCACCUAGUUUACCGUUAACGAAUAGAAAUUUACAAACACUAAUUAGAAGAUCCUCGACGCUCGAGGAUCCGAUCUCACCAACCGCAGUUGCUAUUGAUAUAGACAAGUUCACCAACGAGCAGAGACUGUUUGUCAAAUCAAAUACCUGGCAGGGUCAUCAUGAGGAUCGAGAUGAAGACCAAUACUCGUAUUCCGAGUUUGGAGAGUCCAACCCUUCAUCAGAACAUUCUAGUGACUCGACGUCUCUAGAUGACGUAUGCUUCCCUGACUUUAGAGAAGAUGUCAAAACUACCAGUGGCUGGCCUGAUUUGCAUGUUUUAGAAGAAUUCAUAAAGGAAGAAUUGGAAGAAGUACAGACAGACUUGGAACCAACCGUUAAUUUUGGCGGCAAUGUCGUGCACAGCGAAAAUGAGGAUGCCACAGAGAGUACACCUUUGAUAGAUAGUUUUAAAGUGAAUGAGGUUCAAGCCUUGGAUCUGGAAAAUAAUCCUUUUCAAGUCCGACCAACCCCAAUACAACCAUGGGAAAGAUCACAGCAGAAUAUACCACCCAUUUUAAAAGAUACCAGCAAGGGGCAAGUUGACAAAGAGAUUUGCCGGUUUACUUAUUUCCGUGAAGAUAUGUCUAAAACAGUACACUCUCCAACUAUACUGGGGUUGAUCGAAGAUAGAUCAAAAAUUUACGAGAGUCUUGAAGAGCUUUUCCCUCCCACCAGAUCAAAACCACCUUCUAUUCAUAUGAAACCAGAUUCGGUCUCUUCAACAAACCUAGCACCGUUGACCAAGUCUCGUCCGGAGACACCCACUCCUUCAUCUGUGAAUGAUAGCUUAUCUCGUCGUGAGCCAUUUUGGCUUGAUGUUUUGGAUCCAACAGAAGAAGAAAUGAAGGUACUUUCAAAAACAUUUGGCAUCCACCCUUUGACAACAGAAGAUAUUUUUCUUGGUGAGGCAAGAGAGAAGGUGGAAUUGUUUAAAUCAUACUACUUUGUUUGUUUCACUUCAUUUGACGUAGUGUAUGAAAAAAGACGACAGCGAGCAAAAGAACAAGAAAAGAAGUUUAUCAAAUUGCAAGAAAUGUACGAAAAAGGUUCUGAUAAUGGAAGUAUACUGGAAUCAAAAUCGCCUUUCAAAUUGCUAAAGUCCCUUUUCAGUCGAAAGAGGAGACUUUCAUCGUAUUUGGAGAAACCAACCAGCACUUCCAUUAAAUCGCAGGGCAAAAAAAUACGAGAUGGAGAACUUCUGCCAUUAAACAUGUACAUUAUCGUUUUCAAAAGUGGUGUUAUUACUUUUCAUUUUUCAGCAACCCCUCAUCCAAUUAAUGUUCGUAGACGUGCUCGAAUGUUGAAGGAUUAUUUAUCAGUAACCUCUGAUUGGAUAUGUUAUGCUUUGAUAGAUGAUAUCACUGAUUCUUUUGCCCCCAUGAUUGAAACAAUUGAAACGGAAGUGAAUGCAAUUGAGGAUGCAAUUUUGAAGAUGCAUUCAGGAGAAUCUGAUUCCGAAGAUGAAAGUGAAGAAGAAUCCGAUCAUCCAGAUAAUGUUUUUGUUUUCAGAAAACGAUCAAAGUCGAUGGUGGACCAUAAAUCGGAACCCAGAUUGGCCAAAUCGGCAUCUAGUUCCAGUGGAUCAAGCUCAUCUAGAAUUCUUGGCUGGAAACGUAAAGGCGAUAUGUUAAGAAGAAUUGGCGAAUGCAGGAAAAGAGUUAUGUCGGUUAUGAGAUUGUUGUCUUCAAAAGCAGACGUAAUUAAAGCUUUCAGCAAACGUUUCAACGAACUGGAAGGAUCGCAGCUGGAGAUUGGAAUGUAUUUAGGUGAUAUACAAGAUCAUAUUGUUACUAUGUUGCAAGCCUUGGCCCAUUAUGAAAAGUUGUUAGCAAGAUUCCAUUCCAAUUACUUGGCUCAGAUCAAUAUUGAUAUGACGAAAGUGAACAACGAUACAAAUGAUGUGUUAGGGAAAAUCACAAUAUUGGGUACGAUUGUGUUGCCAAUCAAUGUGGUAACUGGACUCUGGGGUAUGAACUGUUUAGUUCCUGGUCAAGAUUAUGAGGGUUUAGCCUGGUUUUGGGGAAUUGUCGGAUGCAUGGCUUUAUUUAGUUUUGUUGCUUACAAUUAUGCCAGACGAGUGACUGGUUUGUAA